UCAACAUGGGCUGCGGGAAUGAGUACCACACAACUUAGUGAAUCUUUUAAUGCUUUUUUGAAGGAUUACAUUCGUUCUGAUUUCAACUUAAAUGAAUUCUUCAUGCAUUUCGAAAGGGUACUUUAUGAGAAGCGAUACAAGGAGUUAGAAGCAGGCUAUGCUUUGUGCCAAAGGUUGCCAAAGGUCAAAGCAACAAUAAGAAUGUUAAUUCAAAUGGGUAACGUCUACACAAAAAAGAUCUUUGAGGAAUUUCAAAAUGAGUACUUUCAAUCCAUUGAAUCGGACAUAGAAGCAAUUGAAUAUGGCGAGGCUAGUACCAUUUACACAGUUGUUGAUGUUGGUAACAAACAUGCAAGGAAAGUGAAGAUGGAGAGGGGUGGCUCUUUGGGUUGUAAUUGUACAAAGUUUGAAAGGGAAAGAAUCUCGUGUUGUCACUCAUUAAAGGUCAUUACAGACAUAUUGAAGAUGAAAGAGGUUCCUCCACAAUACAUUCUACAGAGGUGGACCAAACAAGCAAGAGCCGAAACUGUGCAGCACAUUAAGGAAAAUGACAUUGAAGUAGAUGUGAAAUUCCAACAAGCCUCGCGGUAUAAGACAUUGAUGACCGCAUUUAGAGCAGUAGCAAGUAGAGCUGCUGAAACUGAAGAAACUUAUGAUUUUUGUAUUGCACACCUUGCUACAUUAGGUGCAGAUGUUGAAGGCAAGUUAAGUGCUCAUUUUGGUGUUGGAAAUGAAGCACGUAAUGAUGAUGACACCCAAAGCUUUGAAGUGGAAUGCGAAGAUGUGAAUCAUGUUGUGCAACCAAAAAGAUUGAAGAAAAAGGUGGCAACUAGUAAGGGCAAAAGGAGGGUCAAUGCUUCAAGGAGGAGAAGGGUCUCCUGAUCUGUCCACUUCCCACCACUUACACCAGCAACCUCAGUAGGCUCCAUGAGAAUGAAAUCCGUCGGGGACCAUCUAGAGUCAAGCUUCCCAUUAUUGAAGCAUUCAGUACAUAAAUCAUAAUCUGCCUGUGCAACAAGAACAGAAUCAACAGACAAAAUACCUUUCAUGGUUCUGCACACAGCUGAAGCAUUCAUGCUGACCUCAUAUAUUAUAGUUACAUAACAUAACAUUCCAUCAUUCAUUCCAAAAUUCCAUCAUUCAUCAUUCAUUCCAACACUCCAAAAUGAGAUUGACAUACUGAUUCCAUCAUUCAUUCCAAAAUUCCAUCAUUCAUUCCAUAACAGAUAAGAAGUUUAAUGUUCUCCAAAAUUCAUUCCAUAACAGAUAAUAGAUAACAAGUUGGAGCACAUAAAACCCAAAAGGAUACAAACUUCCAUUAAGUUUCCCAAAAAUACAAUAAAGUCGAAAAGUUACAUCAUAAAGUAUAAAAUGAUACAAAAUACAAUGAAGUACACUAUCUUUUUGAUAUUAUUUUUCAUCCUUUGCAGCCUUCGACCAUAGUCAUUUUCCAUGUAAUGAAGCCUCAUCCCUACAUUGUUCAAGUCUUCUAUUGUUAUACCAGCAGAAGCUGUACUGUUAGAACGGAUUCUGGACGUAACGUCUUCAUCAUCUUCAGACACGAACUUGAAGUAAUUGUAAUGGAACAUCUACUAAGGGAUAAUGAGCUUCUAUCUUGGCUUUCCAAAUUCUGUGCUAUAAACUUCUAAUGCAAAGGAAACCCUCCUGCCUGCGUGCACUCCUACUUACGGAUGGACCUGUUCUGCACUUUAUUCACUCAAUCAUCAGUCACUCCAUCAUCUGUCACUCACUUAACUCACAGCCCAAAGUUGCCAUUUCACAAGAAUGGUUGUGGUGGGAUCUUUCAAUUCUUCAUGCUAUGCCUGCCACCACUGAUCGUAAGGGGAUCAAUGAAUCCAAUUCUGUCAUGUCAUGCCUCCCAUUACUGAACUCGUGCUGUUUGAAUGGCGAAGCAUGCUUAGCAAUGACAACUCAGACCUGAACUUUUAAACCUUUAAUAUGCCACAAUGAUCAUGAUUUAGUUCAUCAUGCAAGGCCUCUACAUCCUUUUGUUCAUCAGCUCUUCACGUAUUUGCAGGUCUUGUAUUUUCAUUCAUUAUUGCUAGGCAAAGAGAUCCUGAUUUGGCUGACAUAGUGAAUGCUGGGUGGUCUUUGAUGAAACUCAUGGAAUAUACUUCCGCCUCUGAUUCUGGUUCUGUUACUGCAGGGUUUGCUUUUGUCUAUUUUGAAGAUGAGCGUGACGCUGAAGAUGCCAUUCGUGGUCUUGACCACUUACCAUUUGGAUAUGACAGACGCAGGCUGUCAG